AUGAAAUCCACAGUCCAAGAUAAAGAAAGAUAGAAGAUUAAACCAAAUUAGAAUAUUAACAUAGAACAUUGCAUCGUUAAAACAGUGUCAGACACCUUUAAGACAUUUUUUGAUUCUAAAAUUAAAGAAUAUGGAAUGCCAACCUACAUAACUAUGAAUUCAGAAUUUGUAUUUGUUGGAAUGGAUUAGGCCUAUGUUGUUAUAUUUAGAUAAGAUUGCAAUUAUACUCAAAGCCAUAAAGUACUUGGAAAUGAAUUCCAAAUAAGUAGGGGAAGGGUUAAAAUGAUACAUAUCUCCAUAGAUGGAUAACUUUUACUAGUGGUUUAUUCUAAUGAUUAAUUUGUAAUAUAUAAUCUCAAAUCUUUUAUCGAGAUCUUUGGUUGUAGACUUAAACUUGUGAAAAACAUUAAAAUUGUGCCAUUGACAAAUCAAUGUCUAUACUACGAAUUAAUCGUUCAAUUAGAUAACAAUUACAUUAUAAAGAUGCCUUUAGAUUUAAAUAAUACAGGAUAGUUUAAUAAUACAGGAUAGUUUGAAUUUGAAUUAGGAAUACCAAUAUAUAAGGUCGGAAUGUUAUGCGAAAAAUAGCAGUUCGAAGAAAUAAAAACAGCAUCGAUAGUUGAGGAGGAUUACAUUGCUCCUAUGUCUUAAAUAAUAUAAGAUUUAUCAAUUAUGGAUACUAGUUAUUAGGAGCAUAUCUAAUGUAUGGAUGAUAAUGACAAAUUGACUUAGAUAGAUAAUAAAGCGAAAACGAGUAGAAUUAUCUAAUCCAAGUAUUUGAUGGCUGUGGCAUUCACAAACAGAGUCUAGGUUAUAUAGCUGCAUUUUGGAGCCAAAUUAAAUCAAGAAGAAUCAAAAAUUUAACUAUUGCUAAACUUUUUGAGACCAGAUGCAUUUAUUUAUAAUUUGGUAUUUAAUCAACCUUAUCCAAAUACAUUUGAAUCCUAACAGUUGUCCAUUUAAUGUUCUUGUACUUGGGGAUUGGGCAAUUUCAAAGAAACUAAUAAAAGAUAUGUAUUACUGAUAAUCAAUUGGGGAUGCAGGGAAUAUUAUGCAUUCAAAGUUAUGUCAAGCAAUUCAAAUAUUUAAGUCAUUUAAGGUGGUCAUUUUUACAAUGCCAUAGAUUUUGCUACACUUUACACUUUUCCUUUGACUUGCAAGUUUAUAACUAAUUCAAUCUUUUUAUCCUUUGUUGUAAAUAAUAUUGAUGGCCUCAUUUCAACUAAAUUGAAAUUAAUGACUACUUCGUAAUUUGAGUAUGGAGUACCAUUUACUCUAAGUUAAAUAGAAAAGCAUUACAAUUAGGAGAAAUAGAUACAAAAUCUAUCAAAUGGGUAAUAUCAACCAAAAUUUAGCUAAUAUGUUAGUGAAAAUAAAUAAUAAGUUAUUAUUAGCUAAGGCAUUUUAGACUCGAUAUAGGAUGGUUAUCAAAUUUCAAAUGAUAUCAUCAUGAAUUUCAAUUAAUUGCAUUCCAAUUGUACAUAUCGUAUCAUUAUUAUUCUAGUGCAAAUAACCUUUGAGAAUGGAUUAUGCAAUAUAUUGAAUGGCACUGAUUUGUAUACAAUUCGAUUAAAGAAAUGGGAUGAAUACUUAAUUGAAUUGAGUAAGAAUGAAGAAUGGGAUAAGUGUUUUGAAACAGCCUUUAGCAUUCAUAAGGGUUAUCUGACACUUCUAUGUGAUAUCCCUGAAAAUGACACUCAAAGACACAAGUACAUUUAGGAUAUAUGCGGCAAUUUGGGAUUGCAAUAUAUAAUGACCUAAUUAAUUAAAAACUAAUAAAUAAAUAAUACAUGUAUAUAAAAGGUUAUUUAGUUUUUCAUUAAAACUCAAAAUGAAGAGCAAUUAUUUGAUUAAAUUGAAACCUUUAUGGUGAGUAAUGGCUAUGGCAAUAUAUUCUAUGAUAGUUUGAAGGACUUAAUAAAACAGUUCCAUGUAAACAUCCCAUAUCAAAAUCAACUAAAAGUCUUGAGAAGAUUCUCAGAUAUGAACGAGAAGGAUAUAUGCCAACGAAUUAUUUUCUCAAUCUAAAACAUUUAGUAAUUCGACCCCAAGAAAUUAAUAGAAUUCUGUUAGGAAAAAGAUUUAAUAGAACCGUUAAUAUACGUAUGCUCACAGUUUAACGACUUUUUAACACCAUAUUUGAGGAUACUUACUCUGAUCACAGUGUUGUCAGACAGUCAUCAUUCGAAUUAGACUGAGAAGAGCGGCAUAACUUCACUGACGCUGGAGUAACUAAAAGUUAGUCUAUUUGGUUUUCUUUAGUUUUGUUUUACUGGUCAAAAUUAAUAGAAGCCUGAACUCUUUUUCACUGAUAAAUAAUUUAAAUCUAUGUUCAAAGAUUUAUUUGAAUAUUUAUUUGAUUUUAAAAAUGUAGAAAAGCUAUUAGAAAUAGAUUAUCAAAAAUCCUUACAAGUUUUUCUAUUGGUUUUUUCGGAAAGGAUCUAGGAUAAUUUGAGACAGUAUAUUAAUGAAGGAAAGCAAAUAAAAAUCUAGAUGAGCAAGAGUGUUUAGGAGGGGUUCUUACCGGAAAUCCUGAAUUUGGAGUAGACUGAAAUUCAUUUGCAAGUAUUAUCGAGGAUUUAUGUUUUGAUUAAAAUUGCAGAGAUGACAUAUUUUGGUAAACUCAACAAUAAGAAGGAAAUUGAAAAAUUCUUAUAAUACUCAUAUGCAUUUUCUUCGAAUAUCUUUGCAAUUUGUUCUUUUAGAUUUAACAGCAAUCACAUCUUGAUCAAUCUGUUAAACUACAUGGAUAUUUUGAGGUUGGAAGAGUCCACCUUGUUUGACAUUACUUGGGUUCUGAGAGGGAGAGUGCAAAAGGACUUGCCUGAUGAAGUGAUACGGAAUGAGUUUUUGGAUAGGGUGAUGAAGAAAUUGGAUAAGUCAUUGGAAGGGUAAUACAUGAUAUUGGAGGAAUUGCGAGAGAAGGCGUAGGAAAGGAAAUGGGUUUUGAUGGAGGGAUGUUGUUUGAUAAAAAUGAAACGAAUUCCUGAGGCUCUGUAUCUGUAUUUAAGUCACCCGGAUUGGAUGCUAUCUGAGAAGGUGUUUGGUGUGUUGGCAGAUUAAUUAAGAUUGGAGAAGCAGGAGGAGUUCAUUGAAGAUUGGGUUUUUAAGAAUUUAGGGAUUCUUGGGUGUGAGAACAGUUAAAAGCUGUUUAAUUUGUUGUACACUUACAAGAGGGAGGAUAUUGGGAGGGUGUUGAUGGAAUUAAAAAAGGUAGAUGUUGUGAAAGUGGACAAAAAGAUGGGGAGGGAGCAAGAGAUGAAUCUAUUUAUUGAGUUUUUAGAAUAUUUAAAACCUCGUAUGUAAAUUGAUGUUUCGAAGUACUUGUGA